GACCAAUGGCUCGCACGCCUCCACAGCUCGUCUGCCUGUCAACCCGAGUCCCACCCACCGGAUGACGUAAGGGCCAGUCUGCGAGUGAAAUGGCGAUGUUGGACAAUAACAGCCGUCGCGUUUGCAGACCACAUCUGUAUUAUGUGGCUAACGCCGAAAAAGACGCCUCCAUCCGGCUGCAGAACCGCGUCUAAUCACGGCUCCGGGCACGAGCGUCGACCUGCGACGAGGAGACGGGACUUCACGGCGUCCGCGCGCGAUGACAGUGUAGCCUGAACCGCUGGUGCGACGUGCGAACAAACACCAUGGCUGCACAGGAACCGUCCCCGCCCUCAUCCAUGGAGAGCAAUAAGCCCGGAUUCCCCAAGAAGAUCCUGGGCAACAAGCUGGAGGACAAGCACCUGUGCAACUGCUGCCACAACAUCCUCCGACGACCCAUUCAGGCCCAGUGCGGACACCGCUUCUGUUCCUACUGCUUCAACAGGACUGUGAGUAACGGACCUCAGAAAUGCAACGCUUGCAUUAAAGAGGAUAUUUUUGAGGAACCUACAUCCAUUUUGAAACAAGGAUGCGCUUUUCCUGACAAUGCGGUUCGCAGGGAAGUUGAAAGUUUGUCCGCUGACUGCAUCAAUGAAAACUGUCCCUGGAAAGGCACCAUCAAAGAGUACGAGCUGGAGCAUGAGGGGAAGUGUGAGUUCAUGAUCAUCCCCUGCCCCUCCUGCAAAGAGAGAAUCCGCUUCGGUGAACAGGAGCGCCAUAAUGAGCGAGAAUGCCCGGAGAGGACGCUCAACUGCAAGUACUGCAAGGAGCCGUUUCACUUCAAAAACAUCAAGGCACACGAUGAGAUCUGCCCCAAGUACCCCAUGAUCUGUGAAGGCUGCGCCAAGAAGAAAAUACCUAGAGAAAAGUAUGUGGACCACAUUAAAUUUUGCAGCAAGUUCAGAACUCCAUGUAGAUUCCACGUCGUUGGAUGUGACAUGUCUGUGGAGAAGGAGAAGAUUCACGACCACGAGCGCGCCUUUGCAUAUGAGCAUCUCAACCUGCUGCUGCAUUACAUCAUGGGUAUGAAAGUGAGCAUGGAGGGCCUGCAGCCCCAGGGCCUGGAAACAGCUGGACACAAACUGGUGGAACUCCAAAAAUCCCUCAGGGAACUCGAGGCCAGAGUCUCCCAGCUCAGCACCACUUCCUCUGGGCCUCCCGUGCAGGGAGCCGCCGCCUCCUCUUCAUCUUCUAGCUCCGGUCCCCCUGGUCCACCUGCCUCCGUCCCGCUCCCGCCGCCUCCCACCCUCCCUCCGACCCUGUCAGUGUCUACCUCCUUCACGCCCCUGCCCAGCUCCGUGGGCGCGGCGCUGGAGCUCCAGCUCCACAGCGAGAAGACCAAGGUGGCCGAACUGGGCCGCAGGUGCACAGAGCUGGAGGUCAAAUCCGGCACCUUUGAAAACGUGGUGUGCGUUCUGAACAGAGAGGUGGAGAGGUUCACCACCACCAUGGAGGCAAGCAACCGGCAACACAAACUGGACCAGGAUAAGAUCGAGGCUCUGAGUAACAAGGUGCGACAGCUAGAGAGGACGGUGGGGCUGAAGGACCUCACGGUGGCGGAGAUGGAGGGUCGACUGAGGGAAAUGGCCGCCACCACCUUCGACGGCGUCUUCAUCUGGAGGAUUUCCGACUUCGCCAAGAAGCGUCAGGAUGCCAUCGCGGGGCGGGCUCCUGCAAUGUUCUCCCCAGCCUUUUACACCAGCAAAUACGGCUACAAGAUGUGUUUACGGAUCUACCUGAACGGAGAUGGGACGGGGCGUGGCACCCACCUGUCUCUGUUCUUUGUGGUGAUGAGGGGACUGAGUGACGCUCUGCUCAAAUGGCCUUUCAACCAGAAGGUGACCCUGAUGCUGCUGGACCAGAGCAACAGGGAGCACAUCAUCGACGCCUUUCGCCCUGAUGUCACUUCCUCCUCCUUCCAGAGACCCGUGAGCGAGAUGAACAUCGCCAGCGGCUGUCCGCUCUUCUGCCCGCUCUCUAAGCUGGACGGCAAAAACUCUUACAUCCGCGACGACACCAUCUUCAUCAAAGCCAUCGUGGACCUCACCGGCCUCUAGAUGGCCCCUCGGGGGCGCUACUGCGAGGCAACCCAGCCGCUCUUUGACCGUUAAAAGCUUGGUUCGGCUCAGAUGUGGUCCCAUCGGGGCUCGGGCGCGUUCCUGCGUCUGCUCGGUCCAGACGCCAGCAGCGCCGUCGUCUCGUCCCGUCACCGCUGUACAUUUUGGGUGCGAAACGUACUUUCCUUCGACAUUUCCCUCUGUGGGGCGAAAUGGGUUCUGUACAUGUCAGUGGGCGUACACGGAGGCGGACCGCGGGGCAGCGAGGAGGACCUCCUCGUCAUCUCCGGCCGACCGCGUUAGACCAGGAUUGUAGAUUUCAGAUAGUUCGUGUGGUUGUUUCAGGUUAAGCCGGCUUGUUCUAGAGGUAGAGCUUGAUGCGGUGUUUGCUUCUUCUUGGACAUCGUGGAUAUUGUGAGCUUCCAGUGUCGAGUGAAUAUGCAUAGACAAACGUGGAGUUACGUUAUGAGUAAAGAUACCAGGCUUGUUUUCCGUUCUCUUUCGUAGCAAACUGCAUGCCGCCGGCGCUUUUUCACGGCGCUCCUUCUUUCCAGCGAGCUUCUGCGAAGGUUUGUUGUUGAACUCGUUAGUGACUUAGCCAUCCGUGAUGGUGGACAUUGCCUGCAUGUGUUUGGAACGUGUCGAGUGUUGCGUGUUCGUUGCUGUUUCUGGGGGGGGGUCGGCGGUUCCGGUUGGUGGUUUGGUACAUCUGUGGAAGAUACAGCGGAGUUACCAAGGAGUCAGGGCAGCUUGCCAGGCAAGCCUGAGGCAUAAAACUUGCAUGUGUUUUUGUCUCCGACAAAACAUACAUCGCUGGAGUUUUUUCCCGCUUUUUCUCACAUCUCAACUCAUAGUACUGUGCCCCACCACAGGCGGAGGUCACCACAGAGUCCACGGUUUGGGGGGAGGGAACGUCUGUCCUUACAGUUUCCAGUGCGUAUGUGUUUCUGCUGCUCUCAGAUAGAAUACUAAUGUCAAUCGGAUCUAAAUGUUGGUGCAAAUAUACUCAACCUUGAUGUACGUGGAGGCUGGCCGGAGUUUGGUAGGGAUGGGUACCGAAACUCAGGACGAUAAACUCGGUUUUCGGUGCUUCGUUUUUAGACGCGUCAAUCUACUUAGUUUCGGUUUUAAAUUCUAGCCAAUCAUUUUACCUUUUUUACCAGUUGUGGGCGGGCUCAUAUAAGGAAGGAGGAGCUUUAGCCAAAAUGGCAAAAGCGAAGUGAGCAACAAUUUGGGAAAAGAUUCUAAUUCAGUGAUGUUAAAGAGUGUUGCCCUGGCGAUGAGCGGUGACACUUGUUUAGACUAUCAGAAAGACUGGAAUGAAGCAUCUCAUGAUACGUUCACACUGUGUCGCACAUUUAAACGCAGGUUCUUAGAAGUGCUUUUAACAUACAGUGUUCACAAUGGACUAUUGUUUGCCGAUAUGAUGCGAAAUGUCGGAGAGGUUUAAAGCUUGCGAAUAUUUCACCAGGCUCUAUUGCGAUUUAUAAAAGACUUAUGUCUAUGGACUAUCUAGUGCUCUGGAUUUUAAAAGCAAUUCGGACACCAGGAUCACUACUUUACUUUGGUUUUUAUAAUCAAUUCAAAAAUGUCAUGAUGUCUCUUUGUGACUCCACUGUGUUCUGAUAAUGAAAAUUUGGGUAGUUUGUUAAAUUACUUAUUAAAUUUCUUCGACCACAAUGCAUUGCCUAGAUGUAGUAAGCAUCGAUGCGCGCUAGUUUUUCGCAAAGAAAUUUCUAGUGCACUAAAUUUUGGAAUUGUAGAUUCGGACAGCACUACAAAAUGGCGAAUGGACUAAAUACUGCACUAUAUAGUGAGUAGAGAAGGAAGUUAAGAAUUUCUUGGUUUGUACUUCUAUGAAUUAAAAAGAUGCAAUCCCUACAUCACUAAAAAAACUAAACUCGUGAUUGUGAGAGUUUUGCACAUGAAAGCCCGAAAUGUGCGUUUACAUAAUCUGCUUAAAGGCGCGUUAUCGAGGUCGGUGUGAACAUAGCUUUAGGCGCGUUCAGGCGCUCUUCAACUCCCGACGCGAUUGAAUGGUUUCAGAAAAAUGUGCUUUAGUCAAAAAGCCAAAAGCGAAGCGAACAAAAUAAAACAUCUUGUGCUACGUUCACACCGGGAUUUCGAACACGAGUGUUCAACUGCUCUAUCGCUAGCACACAGUUUGAGACUUGGUGCAAAAUGUCAGAGAGGUGUAAAUGUCACAAAUCUUGGACAAGGCUUUUUCUUUCACUGCUCUAUUCCAAUAUAUGAAAGAAUUGGUGUCGUAAAAUUACAACGGGAAAAAAAAAGAAAUCAGUUUUCAAAUGGUUGCCACUUCUACGAGCUAAAAAGGAUGAUGCCCAUACCAGAAUCGGAAUCCCUGAUUGGUCAAAGUUCAACUGGUUUAAAUUUCAAUGCUAUGUUAGUAUGUAGAGCCUCAAAAAAGUUGCUAAAAGUUUCAUGUCUGAAUAUGAGAGUUUUGAACAGGAAAGCCCGAAAUGUGUGUUUACAUAAACCUUUCAUUGUAAUUAGCUACUUUUGUUGCCUAUGUGAACGUAGCAUUAGGCACGUUAAGUUCUCUUCUUCAAUUUGCGACGGUGCUUUGUCACAAUUUAAUGCUAUUGUAAAAAAUUAGCUUUAUUUUCUGAAGCACCGAAACUGUUUUGAAAGUAUAUUUACAGUCCGAACGGUACCCAUCCCGAGAGUUCGGGGUGCAUUUUUCCGUCCCCACUCGCUCCACAUCGUAACUGCUUCAGCCGUCAUUCUCCCUUUUGUCCACUAGAGACUGCUGUUGCGUAGCGGAUGUUUUUGGAAACCAGCCUCGACCUGUAUUGGAACCUCUCUGUGCAUGGGAGGCUUCAAUUCAUUCUCACGACAGAGUUCUGCGCCGGUUUGCUCCGGGCGCGGAAGCAUUUAUUCCUAUUUGUUCGGAUGAGAAUACAUAGACUAGCUAUUAUUAUGUCAUACCCGGCGCUGCCCCCUACAGGCAGCCGCCUAUAUGCAAAGCUAUUUAUAAAGAUGUAUCUUUCAUAUCAUAAUGUUGAUAUAAUAUAUAUACUGAUGUUAAUAUACACAAGGAGUUAUAAUAAACAUAGUAUUACUGAAUACCUUAUUGAUUCUAUACCUUUAGAGCGACGUUUUGUUCGAUGGUUUGCACAGGCCAGGACGACCCUUUUGUGCCGUUUAAGAGUGCAAUAAGUGCCGGAGUCCCUCGGGCUUUGAGGGUUUUCGGAAGCUACUUCUUACCGUUUACAUGACUCGCCUCGGCGCCGACCGUACGCUUCUCCACGGAAGAAUUCCUCGCCGCUCAGCACACUCCAGGACCCGGUCGGACGGCGUCCGUGCAGCUGCCCGGCUCGCUGGGCUUUUACGAAGGACCAUAUUGUGGGACUGAGGGGUUUUCUGUGUUCUCUGGAACCUUUCCGCGCAGCAUGUGUCGAGUAGGACUUGUGUGUGUGCUCUUGUAACGUGCCAAAAUCCAAACCUUACCUCCAUAUGCUGUAACAACGUGGAACUGCAAGCUGUAUUUUUUUCUGUUCUAUGCGGAAACAUGGUGCCAAAUAUGUGAGUGUUUGUGUGUGGGGGCGUGAGGGCGUGCCAUCGUGACAUUAUGCAUGGGCUCAUUCUGUCCCAUGUGACUCAGACGACAGAGGUUCCUGAAUGUAAGCUUUAAACUCUGUUGGGUUUUCCUUUUCUAAAAACACAGCAGCUCUUCUCUCAUGUAAUGCAGUCGACUUGAACUUAGUUUGUGCACUUUGUAUAGUUUUGGGGUUUCUUUUUUUGUCCAAACAGGGUAUUUUGUUAAGUGAUUUAUGUACCUUAAAAAUCAGAGCCAUAUAUAUUCUGAUGUUGAUUAUUAUGCUAACAAGGGACAUGCAGUCUGUAAUAAAGGUUUGUUGGUUUCUGCCUGUUUGAUUUCAGAGUCACUGACCAGCAGCUAACGUUCAUUAAAGGUCUGACCAUGUGGAAAAUCAUC